AUGUCUCCAAUCAUGAAAGCGUGGGUGAACCUCCGAUCUGUGAAUAUCACGAAUCCUACCACAACAGCCGAUUAUUUCGCAUCGCAGUGGGUAGAUCCGAGUGAUAUCUUCUCUGUUCUCCUCUUGUUAGGGCCAGAGAUCGUUCAGCAAGCUGUCGCUCAGCUGGCAGGGCGCACAAUCACCCCGGUUGCUUUCUCCUUUGGAUGGGUGGCAUACUCCGCGAAAGCCUUACUUUCGAUGAUUGGAGACGGACGACUGAUGCCCGAGACCGACAUGCUUAAUACGCUAGUUAUUGGUGCAGACAGUAAACAUGUCCGGACCGCAAGUUCAUGGAUCUUAGGUCGCUUGCUACGCGACCUGGACGAUCGAUACGAUAAGGAGAUGGAAGGUGAGGAGUCUCAUGUUCCACCCUCGCAAUCUGUCUCGGCCCGUCCGGGAUUCACCGAAAAGGAAAAGGGCAUCAGCCACCAGCAGGGGAAGCCAUGGGAAGCCCUGCAAAUCUCGGUCUAUCAAGUUAUCAAUCAAGAUGGGCACAAUCAUGGCGUUCCACAUUGCGAUUGGGUAUGGUACUCGGGAUUUGUGGUCAUCCUCGGGCAGCUAGUCAUUGCUAUGCUACCAUGGGUGCUGUAUGGGCAGUGGGUCACCCUCACCCAAGGCAAUGGCAGCCGCCACGCAGUUGUAAUCUUAGGUGAAAAAAAGGGUGGGUUGGAUCUGGAAAUCCUGGCUCGGGGAACUCGCACGUCUGCCCCUUCACGCGUCACCCGCCUCGCUGUCGCACUUCUAGCAAUUCAAUGGAUUGGGCUACUGAUCACAGCAGAUGGAUUGGUGAUUGAUACCUGGUAUCUACUGGGCAUCGGAGCCUUGGGGAGUAUUCAGAAUGUGAUCGCUGCGGGAGCUCGCCGAUCCCCAAGUGCAUUGGGAGUUCACAUUCGCGAUAUCGGUCAGCCAAUCCGAGGCAACCGUGUAGCAGAUGUGCUAAAAGCCGCUGAGCGGCAGUAUCCUGGCCUGGGCAUGAGCUUAGUCCCUAUUUUCUUUCCAGGUUCCAUGCGAGUCCAGCCCUCUGAGUUUGACUUCUGGCGAGCAGCAAAUGAGCGUCAAAUGGGGCCCAAUAGAUUCGGGUCACGCAUUGAUAACCUCCCACCCCAAUCAUCCACCAUACAGGUGGUGGCCGACGUCCCCGAACAUGACUUGAUCAAUACUGAAGAGAAAGACAUCUGA